CUAACUACCAUAACAUUGUCACAUAAUAGCAUAAAAGAAAACUUGAGCAACUUGAAAUCCUCCUCCAAAACAAAAAAAAAUGUUGGCAAUGUCUCCUUUAUUAUGUCCUACUCUAGGAUGGGAGUAUCCCUUAGAAUUAGGGAUAGACCAAGAUUUUGGUAACUUCGAUUUUGAUUCAAUAUAUGUUGCUAAUUUUACGUCGUCUCAAGCUCAAGGUAAUCAGGAGAUUAAUGAUCAUGUUAAGCAAAGCGAAUCGCCUCAAGGUACAAGUUCAACAGACCAAUUUGAUGAUAAUCCUGUAUUAGCCAAGAAGAUUAGUCAUAAUGCAAGUGAGAGAGACCGAAGAAAGAAGAUUAACAACAUGUACUCUUCUUUACGUGCCUUGCUUCCUGCAACUGAUAAGAGGAAGAAAUUAAGCAUUCCUAUGACAGUUGGACGGGUGCUAGAGUAUAUACCUGAACUACAAAAGGAAGUGGAGAAACUAACUCAUAAAAAGGAAGUUUUCUUAUCAAAAAUGUCAGCAUUACAAGGAAAUGCAGGGGAAUUCAUCCAAGAACAAAGGCAAAAUAAGUCCAUAACUAAGGAUACGACGUCGUGCUCGAUUUCUACAAACAAACUUGGUGAUAAGGAAAUGGUGAUCCAAGUUUCAACGUUUGAGAGAAUAUCAAUAUCUGAGGUGCUUUUGCUACUUGAGAAGAAUGGUUAUCUUGUCAUUGAUGUUUCUUCUUUUCAAUCCUUUGGUGGAAGGACCUUUUACAAUAUACAUUUGUGGACGGAAGGAACACAAGGAAGCUACAACGUGAACUUUGAGAAGUUAAAUGAAGUGUUAUUGUCUUCACUUCAAGAGCAGAAGCAGAAGCAGAUGCAAAUGCAGAUGUAUUCCUAGUGUAGAUCAAGGAGCAAUAGCCAAUUGAAUAUAUAUACUGUAUUUUAGUUGUUUAAAAAUGUUAACUUUUGUAAUUGAUAUUUUUAAAAUGUUUAUAAAAGAUGCAUAAUUGAUAAAUUUUCAACUUAUGUAGCACAGACCUAUGUAAGACAAUAUUUUGAUCACAUACAAACCUUAAAAUGAACUUAGAAUAGCUUAUAAUUUGUUUUUUGUUUUUUUUCUUUCGGUGUGAAUGAGCUGUGGGACAGUAUAUAUUUUUAUCACUAAAUUAUUGA